GUGAGCUACACAGAGUCUAAACCGCUCUUUUUUCUUCAGUUUACUAGCCAUUUCCCCUCACUGGGUCGCUCGCCAGCCGCUGCGGACAUGUCAGCAUCCAGCCAGUGCAGCUAUACGUAUGAGCAGUACAAAGAGACAGCGGACUGGUUGCUGGCUCAUACACACAUCCGGCCCAAAGUGGCAAUCAUCUGUGGCACAGGCCUCGGAGGACUGGCCGAUUUGCUGGACAACAAGACUGCGUUUCCUUAUAAGGACAUCCCCAAUUUCCCUCGCAGUACAGUGGAAGGGCAUGCGGGUCAGCUGGUCUUCGGGGGGCUGAAAGGGAAGCAGUGUGUGUGCAUGCAGGGCCGCUUCCACUUCUACGAAGGCUACAGCACUGCUACAGUAACGUAUCCAGUGCGUGUGUUCUUCCUCCUCGGGGUGGAGACCCUGAUCGUUACAAAUGCUGCUGGAGGAAUAAACUCAAAGUUUAAUGUUGGAGACAUUAUGAUGAUCAAAGACCACAUCAACUUCCCUGGCUUUGCAGGCCAGAAUCCUCUGUGUGGCCAAAAUGAAGAAAAGUUUGGGGUGCGUUUUCCCUGCAUGUCAGACGCAUAUGAUAAAGCCUUGGCCCAGCUGACCAAGCAGACGGCCGAGGAGCAAGGCUGCUCCUCUUUUCUUCAGGAGGGAGUCUACUGCAUGCUGGCUGGACCCACCUUCGAGACCAUAGCAGAGUGUAAAGUGCUUCAGCUGCUGGGGGCUGACGCUGUGGGGAUGAGUACAGUUCCUGAAGUGGUGGUGGCACGUCACUGUGGCUUGCGUGUUCUUGGCCUCUCUCUCAUUACCAACAAGGUGGUCAUCACCUAUGACAGUGAGGAACGCGCCAACCACGAAGAGGUGCUGGAGAUCGGCCGCAAGCGCACUAAAGACUUCCAGCGGCUGGUCAGUCAUGUGGUGGCUAACAUGUAGCCUAGCCAUUCCUUGGUGCCUGAGCAAUCAUUGCUACUUAACCAUAAACAAAAUGCAACUGCGAAUGUGCAUAUGUAGAAUGCUGCAAAGAUAUAAUUGCACUAAUGACAGAAUCACAGAAUAUAUUGUAUUAGUAAAGAGUAGUUUAUUAUAAUCUUUUACCUGCACCAACUGGCAUUGAUCUGACACUUUAUGAUUUGAUUUGACUAAAAUGAUCAUUACCUGACAGACUACCUACAGACACACACAAACACGCACACAUUUUCUAAGCUGAUUAUCCUCCUGGGUGGCGGGUUACCUACAGACAACACAUAUUUAUUGCUUAAGGUAACGCUCCAUGACUGACAGUCUUCCAGCAACUUUCUGCUGUGGAACGACCAGUUUUAAGACCAGUGUUACUACACAGUGUCCACUACAUAUUAUGACAUUAUUAGACCUUAGAUAAAAGUCUAUAACUAAUAUACCUUGUCACAUGACAUUGUCAUUAACUGCACUUACAGAUCAUUUUAUUUCCAUUAGCCAAAUAAUUUAACUUGAGAAAGUUACUUGAAUAAAGUAAAAAAAUAAAAAUAUCUAAAAAAAUGGUUAAUAGUCUUAUAAUAUUACAGGUAUUGUCUACAUUUAAGGUGGUUUUAUGUUUUUUCAGUAAAGAGACCAGUUCAACACUGUGGUUGCUAAAACAACCAAGCAUUUAGGAAAGUGCAUUCACUGUGCAGUAGAGGUCUGCUACCUGAACUAAGCCCCAAUUUAUCAGGUAUCAAGUUUUUUAACGUACAAUCCAGUUGGAAUUUGUGCUUUUUUAACCAGUGAUCUUUUAUGUAGUAUAUUGUAUUGCAUUUGAAGGAAUAGGCCUAAUUAAUGUUUCACCUUCUGAUCUUCCUCUGGUCUAGCAUAGUAUGUGCACAGCAUAGGCAGCCUUACUAACUUUGCCAUGGAUGAAAUGAAAAGAAAUCUCAUUUUAAAACUCCAAAUGAGUCAGGGAACCAUUAUGAUCUGUUCGUUAUAGCAGAUUAAAAGCACUCUUGUCAUGGACAGUAUAGAGCUUGCGGUAGUAUUUAGAACUAUGAUAGCAAAAGGACUGGCAUGUUGUCUCUUCACUGACAAACUGACUGCAGCAGCUUCUAGCCAGAAAUAUUAGUGUCAGAACACUUUCAUGCACUAGCUUGGCUUUCAGAUAAGUGUAUAAAGUUUUUUAGUUCAUUUUCUGUCAAUCAACUCAAGUGCUCAGUAACGAACACAGCACUGUAGAUCCAUAUCUGCAGGCAGGUUCGGUGCAGAUUCAGGUUUCAAAUUUAGCAGCACCACUUGUGCCUGGUCGCGUUGGGUUUCAAAGGUGCAGACCUCUAUUGUGCACACAAUGGAUUCUCAAAACACACUAACAAAUUGUUCAUUGUUUCACAUUUCAGAUUGUACUGUACACUCUGUAUUAGACACACACAGUCAGCCUUAAGCAGAUACAUAGAACCCAUUAGGCUUUUCUGAUGUGUAUUUUAAUGGUCGAUGCUAUACAUUCUCAUUCUAAAGCCUUGGAACAAAUACACAAGCAUGAGAUACUUGAUUUUUUCAGUAUAAUUCUUACUAGUGUUCUUACAGCAAAAGUAUAAAAAUACAAUACAGAUUACAAUAGUCAAAUACUAGUGUAAUUGUAACCAAAGAAAACCAUUGUGGAUGCUUGUAGAAAACAUACUGCAAAGACAAGUGCCUACAAGAAAUAUUUCACAAAAGACUACCUAACUAAUAGCAUUUUGCUGCUUGACUGCUUGACAUUCUAGCCUACUAAGAGGGAUUCACACUGUACACAUUUUUGGGAGCCGAGUUGUCUUUUUUUAAUUGUUUUCAAUUGGACUUACAUGUUUUUCGUGCUGUUUUUGAGCUGGAUGUCUCAUGUUUAUGCAGCUGCAUGGCUACGUUUUGUGAAGAGAGCUCUGGGCCCUGAGUAUAAGAAACAACUCGAAACAGUCAAGUUCUGUGCUGACAAAUCAAAAGAGAAGGCAGGCCUUUAGUGAUAGUUGUAACGGAGGAGAGUUUGGCUAGUUGCAAUGUUCCCAGACCGAAAUUUUACUUUUUAGAAUAGCUUGUUUUUGCUAGCAGCACCACGUUUCGGUAGUUCACAGUAUUGAAACUACAGCUUUCUAGCACAGCUGACUGACAGUUACAACGCUGUUGUUGCCUAGCAGACAUGCAGCCAGAAGCAGCAUUCGUUUUCCACCACCCUUUUUUUCACCUUGAGAAAAAUAGAGUAACCCCCCCACCCUCUGCCUCCUAACUAUAGUAAUAACUCAGUUUUAAUAGCCAAAGUAGCCUUGAGAUGAUCAAUUAUUAGAAAUGUUUGGUACUUUAGAAAUGAAUGUAGGAAAUAAGGCCAUACCUCUGUUACUAAAGGAAAGAGUUGUAGAACAAACUAAGGUACAUAAGCUUCUAGAGGGUCCAACAACUGUCUGAUCUGAGGAUACCCAAGGGUGAGUGUCCUUAGAUCAGACAGACAUAUUCCAUCAAGAAAAAUACCUCUUGAACGUCAGUAGUUAAAGUUAUUCCACCAUAUAAUAUUUGUCCUUUCUUUCAACUUUAUUGGUGUCUUUCUUGAGGACCAAGCGGUGUUCUGUGGCAUUAAACUGGAAAAUGCUGUCUGAUUAGUUUUGCUUAUGUGUCUUUAAAUGUCCAACAUUACAAUGCAUAGAAGGCUGCUGUAUUUCUGUAGUAACAGAAUAUUCUGUAUUGCACAAGAGUACUCUAUUGUAGCCAUUACCUUGAAAUAAAUAUAUAA